CCGCGCGCCUGGAAGAGGAGCCGAGCUCUUGUCGCUCGCCGGGCCGGGUUGUAAACAAACACUGGUGCGGCGCCUCCCGCGCAGCAGAUGGCUCCGCAGCUGCCUGUCGGGCGGGGCCUCCCUCUCGGCGCCGGCGCGGGGACGCGGAGCUGCGCGGUGCCCUCGGCCGGGGACUCCCUUCGGGCGCCAGCCCGGCUCCCGUUCGCUGGGGGAUGGAGAGGGAAAACGCAAGCCAGAGUCUCCGGGGCGCUCAUUCCUUUUACUUCCGUCAUUCGUUCCUUCUUUCAUUCGUUCAGGAAAGAUUUCUGAGGCGCCAGGACCGCGCUGGACCCGGCCUACACGACGCUGGCCAGCGCAGGGUGUCGCAGCUUGGGGAGGGGCAGAGCGCCCAAACCGCGGGAGCCCUCGAAACCCUGGCCGCCACGCCGUGGAUCCAGGCUCUCGGAUGCUGGGCCUGAAAAGCUCUUGGUCUGGAUAGGAGGCCUUGGGAUUGGAUUCAGGCACAGCUGGGUGAGAGCCUGGUCCUGCCCCGCUUUCUGGCCCAAGGGCUUGGGCCGCUAUUUCAACUCUCUGAGCUUCAGUUUCCUCUUCUGUAAAGCGGGGAUAAUCCCACCCACCUGGCUGCGAAGUUGUACAGAUUAAGAACAAUGUGCAUUUGUGUUUUCUUCUGCACACCUUCGCGUUUUCUAAGUAUCCCACAGUGACUAUACAUUCCUUUCUUUUUUUAAAAAUUUUACUUUAAGUUGUGGGAUACAUGUGCAGAACAUGCAGGUUUGUUACAUAGGUAUACAUGUGCCGUGGUGGUUUGCUGCACCUAUCAACCCGCCAUCUAGGUUUCAAGCCCCGCAUGCAUUAGGUGUUUGUCCUAAUGCUCUACCUCGACUUGACCCCAGCCCACGACAGGCUCCGGUGUGUGAUGUUCCCCUCCCGGUGUCCAUGUGUUCUCAUUGUUCAGCUCCCACUUAUGAGUGAGAACCUGUGGUGUUUGGUUUUCUGUUCCUGUGUUAGUUUGCUGAGAAUGAUGGCUUCCAGCUUCAUUCAUGUUCCUGCAAAGGACAUGAACUCAUUCUUUUUUACGGCUGCAUAGUAUUCCAUGGUAUAUAUGUGCCACAUUUUCUUUAUCCAGUCUAUCACUGAUGGGCAUUUGGGUUGGUUCAUUUACGUAGCAAAUAGCCUUUGCUAUUGUAAAUAGUGCUGCAAUAAACAUACAUGUGCAUGUGUCUUUAUAGUAGAAUGAUUUAUAAUCCUUUGGGUAUAUAUGCCGUAAUGAGAUUGCUGGGUCAAAUGGUAUUUCUGGUACUAGAUCCUUGAGGAAUCGCCACACUGUCUUCCACAAUUACAUUCCUUUCAAAAUGAGAAAAAAAUGUUGCAGGAGAUUCACUCUCCCUCCCUACUUAAAAAUUCACCCAUUCCGACUUAAAGAUACCACCGCCUCCCACAUGGGUCACGCUGGGUGCUGGCAGAACACAACUCAAAUGGGGGAGACACAGUCCGAUAUUUAGUCCUCGAAUAUUCUAGAAUAGAUCCUGGGAAUAAAAUAAGUUGGGGAUGAAGGUGGUCAUUUAGAGUUAAAGGCAACACAUGUGCCACAGACAUAUGACAAGACACAGACACAAUGAUUUUUGAGCUAUUUUCUUUCUCUGCCUUCAUUUAGCAAGCACUCAUUACACCUUCAAUGUCUGUAAGAUGCGGCAGGUGCUCAGCGCUGUGAUUCAUGUCUGUGCAUUGUGUCCUCAGGAACUCCUCAUUUAGUAGUAGGAGGUAGGUAUGAAUGUAAUAAAAGGUUAAAAAAAGGCCCAAGGCCCCACUGAAGGAGUCAGGAAGAGCAUUGUGGAGGAGGUGAGGUUUGACAGGUGGGCAUUGAAGGUGAGGACAGGAACAGACGGUGACGUCAGACCAAGCUUGGACACAGUCGCCAAUGGAGCCUGGGUCCUUCCUUCAUUCCACCCAACACAGGGACUCCUGCUGAACAAAACUACACCCGCCCAGCCUCUGUGACCGUGGGAAUUCAUGGGAAUGCCUCACAUGUGUGAAAUGAGGGCAAAACACUUACCUCAGCGUGUGGUCGUGAGGAUGAGCCACGAUGAUGCACGUGACAAGGGCAGAACACUGGGACCACUGUACAAAUGUCACUUCUCGUCCAUUUGUUCAUUCAUUCAUUCGAAAGGUGGUUUUUGAGCCUGUCCUUUGUGCCAGGCCCUGUUUGUUUCAAAGCAGUGAACAAAACAGACAAAAAGCCCUCUCAUGCAAGCUUACAUUCUAGUGGGGGAGGGAGACAGCGAAUACCAGAAAUAAAUAAGGUAUCUAGUGAGUUAGACAGUGACAAGUGUGACAAAGACAAAGCUGGCAGUGUGGAGUACGGGGGCUCCUUAUAGAGUAAUUGAUGUUAUUCCUUAUUCUUUAGUUUGGGUGACAAAUAGGAUCCAUGAAGAGAGGGAGAGUCAUAGGAAAAUGUUUUGUGCUUAGAUUGGGUCAGGGGCAUCAAGAACGGCUUUUGAGUAAGGAUGUGAUUUGAGCUGUGCUUCAAGAUGGUGACAUGGCUGCACCUUGUACGCAGAUUGGAGGGAGUGCAGCCAGGCAGGAGGGAGCACCCUGGCAGUGAGAAAAGGCACAGUGGGCUCCAGGCAGCCAAGGACAAGGCGUCAGACGUGGGCUGGUGGGCACCAACCUGGGGGUAGAAUCCACCUUGCCUGCGGGUUUCUUAGCCUGGACUGGGGGAAGUGAGACUAGAGACCUGAAGGGUGAGACUAGAGGCCUGAAAGGGGCCAAGUGAGCUGCAUCCUCCCAGCUGAUCCCCUGGCUGGAGCCUGAGCAGACGGGAGGAGCAGGAAGGCAGAUGCACCCAAGACUGCAAGACAUGGAAAAGGGCUCAUGGCUCUCUCUCCCAUUGAAGAAAAGGUAGUGGGGUCACACAGAGUAUGAGCACCCUUCAGACUUCACCUAAAUCAAUGGUGACAUUAAUUGCUGCACUUGUGUGGCUGCCUCUGUAGACCACUCAGCUUCCAGAACGCAGUGGCCCCAAUGACCUGCCCUUCCCCAGUUCCGGGGAAGCUGGGGUCAGACAGCCAGAGGUGCCUUUAUGGUGGUGGUGCUCUUUGAGGAGUUGCAUUUGGGGUAGCUGAACAUCUCCAAACCGAGUGCCAAGAGCCUGCCAUGUGCACAGAAAUGUCUGCCCACCCUUUUGACACUUUCCAGGUGAACACAGGGCAUGUUUACCCAGGAGUCCUCAGAAGAGCCUGUGCGCUGCCGGCGUUCUGGAGCAACUGGGGAACCCACGUUUAGCAAUGUGGAGAAGGGAAGGAGAUGGGAAAGGAAGGCACUUGUGGGAAAUGUAAAUUACAGCAAUGUAAAUAAAGAGCUUCCCAGUAAACGCAUAAAUAAAAAGCAGGCAGCAAUCCCCUGGGAAUAGUAAUCAGGCUCAUCUUGCUUCUGCCUCCCAGUCUGAGGAGCGCAGCAGGACGCCUCCGGAAGCCUCUCUCAUCUAGCGCUCCUAGAGGAGGAAGCUCCCCAGCCCCAGCAGCACUGGGUCCAGGAGGAGUUGGGACGUCAUCCACGGCCUCCUAUGGGGCAUCCAGCAGGGGGCGCCGGUGAGAAGUGGGGCGGGAGAGGAAUCCUGAAUCAAGACCCAAGGGCUGCACAGGCCCGGAAGCAGGGGGAGGGGGCCUUCAGACAGGCUUCCUGUUGUUGCUACUUGAGGUUAGUUUGCCUGGAACACAAAGUGUAUGGAGUGGGGGUAUGAAGGAAAUCAGGUUUUAUGAGGAGGUUGUGUGACCAGAACUGUGAUCCAGGUUCCCCAGCCCAGGCCUUCUUGCCCACCCCCGACCCAUGGCUUUCCUCCCUGUGCAGUGGACUUCGGGGCCCGCUGUGCUGCCUCUACCAGGGGAGGUCACCACGAGGCUGUGCAGGUCAUUCUGGAAAGCCCAUGUGCCUUGUGCAAGCAAAGUCCUGGGUGGAUCCAGGAGGCCCCCGUCCAUGCAAUCACCUCCAGCUCCAAACCUGUUAUUUGUCAGACAGAGCUGUCCUGGGACGUGGAUUUGGGGGCAGCGGCCAGACUCCCCAGAGGGGCUGCUGUGCUGUGAGGCGGGGCGGGCGGAACCCCAUGCCGCUCCCUGCAGGGCUGAGGGAGGCCUGCGGCUCUCCUAGGCCCAGGAGCCUCCUCAAAGACACCCCUUGACCUGCCUCUAGGCAGGCUCCCCUGAGCCCUCAAGGCCCCGACCUUGGGCUCUGGCCUUGGCCUGCUUACUCCAGUUUUAGCAAGAAUCCUGCUGGGUCAGGAUUUUAGUGAAAAUCCCCCACCCUUGAUAUCCGAUCAGAUGCCUCCUCCCCCACCCUAGGGAUCUUAUUGCCUUGGCCUGCCUGCAGCCUCCACGUUUCCUCUUAGUGAUAUCCCUUCAUCCACCCCACGCUGCUUCUGGGCUGUGAAUCUCUACUUUCUUUGUUGUCAUCAGAGUUGAGCCCAAUCUCUCUGACUUCCUGGAAAACUCCAGGGUAGUAGUCCCUAUACCUGGGUGGCAGUCCCCCUGAAUAAAGUCAGCCUUACCAUUUUAAUAAGUGUCAGGAAUAAUUUUGUCUUUAUUACCUCCUCCCACAAACAUCCAAGCCAAGCCUCUGGGUGUGGCCAUCUGCUUGUCUACAGCCCCCUCUGGCUGUGUUCUGACAUUCCCCUCCUGCAGAGAAGACAGGAUUGGCCUGAGCCCAGGCUUCCACUAGCCCACAGGGCCUUUGCAUGAAUUAGGAAAGGGCCUCUUCCUUGGGUGGCUCAACUUAGUGUGACCUGGACACCUGUAUGAGGUGGGCUGGCCCUCCUCCUCCCAGGAGCUCCCAGGGCCCCAGUGAGCACCACCCUGGCAGCCCCCGCCCUCGGACCCUCACCCACACCAGCAAUAUCACACCCCGUCCACCCACACUUCCUUCCUCCUUCCCACCCACCAGCAAGAAUAGGCAACUGUUCUGGGUUGUUCCCUCAAUGGGGGCAGGAAUUGGGUUUCCUAAAGGGCUGGCAGGAAGGAGAAGUGACUGCAGGUCCCUCCCAUAGAAUGGCUGGGAUACGGCCCUAUGAGGCAGGCAUGCGUGUGUGCUUAUAACAUUGCGAGGUGGAUUUAUGUAGCUCUUCACUGCUACUGCAGGACUCUGUGCCCACCCAUGCACUCUCAGAUAAGUUGAUCUACAACGUAAAUGGCACCCCUCCCCAGGACAUUGCGUAUUUGGGCAGUGUGCAACUUGAACACCGGUACAUGGACAGAUUUCUUGUACAGGGCACAUAGUCCUUGAGUCAGGCUUCAGGCCUUGCAGCUUCUAGUGGUCAUCAGAGGAGGGUUAGUAGUUAGGACAAACUUAUUGUGCGCUCUCUCUUUUCACCUCUGGUCCUGCUCAACACUUGCUGCCCAGAUGUGGCUUGCUUUGGAACAAUGGCCAUGUCCAGAAGAGGGAGGGGGAUAUGGCUCCCCUUGCAUGCAAUUCUCUCAAACCUCUGACUUCAUUUAACUACCCGCAAUGACACCUGCCAGCAACCAUGACAGUGCAUGCUUGGAACUUUCACCCUUUGAUUCCCCACCCAGCAUUCCUACCAUAUUUUAUUUCGCACAAAACAGUGUUAUCACAUAAUGUUAGAGGAAACAUAAAGAAGGAAAAACAUCCACUCCAGGUCUGUCUUUGUAGCACAUUGGUUCAGCAGUUCUUUGCAUUUUCCCAUGUUCCCUCCAGAAAGCAUGUUUGUGCAUGGCUGAAAACUCCGUAUACACAUGUUAAAAUCAUCAAAUUCUAGAGUGCGGAAAGACCUAGGUAAUAUCUCCCCUUCUCUUCCCUGCUUAGGUGGCAUGGUGGGGAUGUUUGCUGGAGAGAAGGAAUGGCAAAAAGUGAAGUCAUGUGGACUGGGGGAUGUUUUUAUUUUUAUCCACAGGACAGCACAAGUGAAUCUUGGUCCCUGUGGGAAUUCUCAGGAACAGAGGGCUAGAAACAGAUUUGAUCAAUGAAAGCUGGUUCCAGAGAGAACAAGCCAUUGAUAAAUUCUAGUACUGCCAGUCAAUCAGAGCUCAUCUGUUUCUGGGAGCCAGAGUCAGGAAGGGGGUGCAGGAGGCGCAGCACCUGCUGGAAGCCGGUGACCAAGACCUGCAGGGAUGCCGCCCAUCCUCCUGCCAUGAAUCAUUCAUUACCUCCUCUGUCUGGGAAUGGGGAAGAGAUGCAGCUCUCUGGGAGCCAGCUUUCUUUCUAAUUAGCACCAGAAGGACCUGGGAUUGAUCUCUGCUGUGGUUGAUGGGUUUACCCUUGCGUCAGGGGAGGCAGGCCACUCACGGGAGAUGGUUAAGCGUGCUGGGCCGGAGACCUUGGGGUUGCUUAAUGCAGAGACUUUAGAGACUUUGGAAAUAAAAUAAGCCCCUUGCCCCUAGCCCUUGCCAUCUAUGUUUUUUAAGUAGCAAGAUGCCUGAGGCCUGGAUGAGGAAGUGAUUCCUCCACAAUGGCACAUGGCAGCCUAUAGCGGAUCCCAGCCUGCUGCUCCUGCUCAGUGUCUGCGGGGCUCAGAAGGAAGUCUGCGGUCGCUUGGGAGUCAUUGGCUGCACCCUGGGUGCACAGGGUGGCAUGUGGGGGGGUCAGCUGGGCUUCAGCCCCUCCCACCUAGGCUGGACCCCGCGCAGUGCUCUCUGGCACCCCUGACUGAGCCCCUCAGCACUGUGACCAAACAUGCCAGACACGCAGCACAGGCCGGGGCUUCAGCGGUGCAGGUGCCCGACAGCCCAGAAGGCUUUCUGCAGGUGGCCAGGAAGCCUAGGAGAGUUUAGCCCCUGCUAGGGGUGUGCGGGAGUGGGAGGAGGGUGGGCAGCAGAGGAAUCCUGACGAGCCCUCCAGAAGUCCCCAAGCUUUCCCGGAGUGUGCUGCUCUGGGCUCACUCCCGGUGGGCAAGGCCAUUCCAACUGGAAACAGGGGUCGGGGUGGGGGUGGGGAAGAGAGGAGAGGACACCAGCUUUAACUCAAGGUGCGGGCAAUGGGGAGAGAAAACCAGGGGGAGAGAGAACUGAGCUCUGGGCUCUCCCACAGGCCAGACAGCCAGAGCCUCACGUCCAGGGACGGGGCUGAAGGAGAUGCCCCCACCCUCAGCACACCCAUCCCUUCACCAACUCACCCGUUCAACAGAGCCUUACCUCGCGCCAUCUGCAUGCCAGACUCCAGCCAGUGUCAGUCCCGGAGACUCCACAGGGAACUGGACACACAAAUUUCCUAUCUUCGAGUUUGCAUUUUCGUGGGGAAGGCCAUAAACAAACAAAAGAGACAUUUUCAUUUCAGAUGACAAGUGCUCUGGGAAACAAGAGCUGGGGGACAGAUAGUGCCUUAUGGGAUGGGGGUGUUGUUUUAGAUUCGGGAGUCAAGGGAGGCCCCUCUGAGCUGCUAUCCUUGAGCAGAGACCUCGGGAAGGAGCACAUCAGAUCCAAGAGCCUUCCAGGCAGGAGACCCCAAGCGCAGCUCCCCUGGGGUGGAAACCUGCUUGGAGAGUGGAAGGAGCAGCAGGGAAGCCAGUUUGGUUGGAGCAGAGGGGGUGAGGGGUCUGGGGAAGGGGACAGAGAGGCAGGUGGUGGAAAGAACGUUGGAUUUUAUGCUGAAGUAUAAGACUAAGCUGUUGAGGGGAGGGAACUUAGAGGACGAAUCAACAGGUGCAACAAACCACCAUGGCACACGCAUACCCGUGCAACACACCACCGUGGCACACGCCUACCCGUGCAACACACCACCGUGGCACACGCAUACCCGUGCAACACACCACCGUGGCACACGCAUACCCGUGCAACACACCACCGUGGCACACGCAUACCCGUGCAACACACCACCGUGGCACACGCAUACCCGUGCAACACACCACCGUGGCACACGCAUACCCGUGCAACACACCACCGUGGCACACGCAUACCCGUGCAACACACCACCGUGGCACACGCCUACCCGUGCAACACACCACCGUGGCACACGCCUACCCGUGCAACACACCACCGUGGCACACGCCUACCCGUGCAACACACCACCGUGGCACACGCCUACCCGUGCAACACACCACCGUGGCACACGCCUACCCGUGCAACACACCACCGUGGCACACGCAUACCCGUGCAACACACCACCGUGGCACACGCAUACCCGUGCAACACACCACCGUGGCACACGCAUACCCGUGCAACACACCACCGUGGCACAUGCCUACCCGUGCAACACACCACCGUGGCACACACGUACCUGUGCAACACACCACCGUGGCACACACGUACCUGUGCAACAAACCACGGUGGCACACGCAUACCUAUGUAACAAAACACCGUGGCACACGCAUACCCGUGCAACACACCACCGUGGCACACGCAUACCCGUGCAACACACCACCUUGGCACACGCAUACCCGUGCAACACACCACCGUGGCACACGCAUACCCGUGCAACACACCACCGUGGCACACGCAUACCUAUGUAACAAACCACCAUGGCAUAUGUAUACCUAUGUAACAAACCUGCACGUUCUGCACGUGUAUCCCGUUUUGUUUGUUUUUUUGUUUUUGCUUUUUUUUAGAAGAAACAAAGAAAAAAAGGCUAAGCUAUUGGAGGGCUUUCAGCACUGGAGGGCUGCAGUCAUAUUUCAACCUCAAAUCCUUCAUUCUGGCUGCUGUGUAGGGUGGAGGCAGUGAGGAAAAGCUGCUCGUGAAUUGAGUCAGUUAGUAUCAGCCAAGGAGAUGAGAAGGGAGAAGCCGGCAGGUGCAGACAUACGUUCUGCAGGUGGGGUAAGAAGGAUCAGGUAUGGGGCGUGAGGAAAAGAGGAGCCAAAGAUUUGCCUUAUUUUUUUGGCUCGAGCAACCGGAUAAUGUGUUGGUGUCCUUUACUCCGCUGGGGAAGCCCGAAGGAAGAACAGGCCUGGAGGGGAAAACUUAGGAGUUCAGUUUUGAAUUUGGAAAGUUGGAGAUGCCUGUGAAACACCCCUGGGGAAGUGUAGGGCUUGGAGAUGUCACUUUGGGAGUCAUCAGUAUCUAGAUAAUGUUAAAAGCCAUGGUCGGGAGGAAAGUACCGAGGGGGAGACUGGAGAGACAGGCAGCUGCAGAGGUCUGAGCUUGCCGCACCUGGAGGACAGGAGGUGGGGGAACCAGCAGGGUGAUCGGGGGACAGUGAGCUAGAAGCAAACCAGGAAGAAGAAGUGUCUGGAACCCAAGGGAAGAAAGGAGUCCAGCAGAUGGGGGGUGAUCCACUGAAUUAAACGCUACAACAAGGCCAAGGGAGAGGGCUGCUGAGAGCUGGACAUCAGACUUGGGAGGACUAAGGGCUUUGGUGACUUUUUGGCAAGAAUGAGAGACUGGCAGGGGCUGCUAGUGAAUACUGGUAGUUUCUUUGAGACGUUCUGCUCCAAUGAGAAACAGAGAAUUAAGGGCCAUAGCUGGAGGAGAUGUGAGGUCAGAGGAUGUUUUCAUUUUUGAAAUAUCUGGGCUGUUAUUCUGAGGAUGAGGGUGACCACCAGAGAGAAGAGUGGGUGGUGCAGGGAGGAGUGGGGAGCAGCAUUGGGGAAUGGGGGAUAGGUGUUGAGGAAUGGGGCCAAUGGUUCUAGGGACAUGGUCAUCCGUCUGUGGGGACAUGAGGGAAGAACAGGCAGAGGGUAUGUAAGCGAGUGGCUGGUGGUAGAAAACGGAAGCCCUUCUCUACGAAACAGCUCUUCUCUUUGAAAGAAAAAUAUCCGCAAGUGUUCUUUUCCUGCCCAGUAGUUUCUUUUCUCUUUCUUCCUAGCUUUUCUGGGAUAUCAAGUCAGGUUCUCUCUUUUUUUUUUUUUUUUUUUAAUAAAAUGAAAGCUCUUUCUCUCUUCUGUUUCCCUCUCUUUUCUCCCUUUUCUGUCCCUUGGAUUUGGCUGGGGACCUAAAAAUGUUUCUGUCAACAAACUUGUCUUUUUCUCAUUGUUCUUCAUAGAGUUGUAGACUGUCGGAGCUGGAAGGGAUCUCCGAGACCAUCAUCCAGGCCCAUCCCCUUAUUUUACACUGAUGAGGAGAUCGUGGGGCUUGGAGGGAUGAAGUGACUCGCUCCAACCAGGACUUAAUGUGGAUGCCACUAUUGCUGAGAUCAGCCGCCAUCUCGACGAUAGCUGAUGUUGGCCAUAUUCUUCAAUCCUGUCACAGUUACAUUGCCCCUCCCUGUAUCUGGCAUGCUUGUCUCUGUUACUCAGCCAGCUUCACUGAAUCUGCCUGUCUCAUAGAGUACAUGGUAGAUGUGUGCUAGCCACAACAGCACCGGCCCUGGGAGUAGGAGGGGAAUCCAUUCCUGAUAUUCCUUUGUAAAUGUUUCUGUUUUGCAAGUGAAAACCCCGAGGACCGGAGAGUGUUGCUCAAGGCCAGGGAGCAGCUCCUAGUGGAAAUGCGAGAGCUCUGUGGUUGCAGCAAUAUGAUUUCCUCACGAGGGGCCCGGGAAAGGCAAUGGACGCUAUAUUUUGCAAUGGUAAAUUGAGGCACAGAAGGGGGAAAUGUCCUUCUAGCCUCUCUGCAGCAGACACAGUCUUUCUCUCCUGGCUGUGUGUAUGCGCUGUUUGCCUCUUGGUGACUCUUGAAGGCCUUUUAAAGCUAAGUAGGAAAAGACUAGAAAAAUUCUGCCCAACAGAUUUGGUUAACUUUUUUUUCUUCUUCUUUCUCACCCAUCAUUGAGAGAAUGUUUUUGGUUUUUAUCAGCCAGGUGUUUCCAGUGUUAACAUUGGUGCCUCCCCUGCCAGCCCACGGGGAGGUGGGCACCUCAGCCAGCCUUGGCAGCCCUUCUUGCAGGAUGGGUCUCGCUGCCAAGCCUGCUCCAGGGCCUUGAUCCAUUUCCCUCUCUCUCUGGCUCCCCAGUAAAAAAUCCCUCGUAGUGGUGUCGGUAGGGUCUUCAGGUCUUGAUAGGUCUUCAUGUACAGCCACCCCUGGAGGAGGCUAAUUCCCGCAGCCCCCUGCAGAGAGGCGCAGGGAGCAGCCAGCCCCGGGUCAGGGGCUGUGUUCCAUCAGGCAUCUACCUGUUCGCAAAUAGACUCAAAUAAAGUCCCAGCCUGGAAGGGCUCUGAGCCCUCCUGCCGGGUCAUGUCCUGAGAAAAGGGGGAACAGAUAGAGGUUUUGGCUACUCUCCAAACAAGAAUUAAAAGAGGCAGCAGAGAUGCCAAGAGCAGGUUUCAUUAAGCCAGUGGGUGCCUUGCAGCCAUUAGAACCCCAGGUGCCUUUUCCGAGAAUAAGCUGCUCUGCAGUGCAAAGGGGGACAGAGCAUCCAUUCCAAUGCGCUCCUGAGCAACCCAGAACCGAGAGCCCUUUCCUCCCCAGAAAAGCUUCUUGCCACCAAGGCCAGCCACUUCAGCAGGGUGACCUCCAGAAUACCACCUAGGGCAUAGUCACGGGAUCUUGUCCCAACUCGUCUUCAGCAGACACCCUGUUGAUCUCAUUGAUAAGAGCCUGCAGCCACCUCAGCCACUGUGCACCUGGGCAGCCAGCCAAGCCCACUUAAUUCACAGACAGGCGGGUCCGGCUGGAGCGAGUGGGCAGGACAGUGCCAUGGGGCAGGGGUAAGGAGGGGGAGGCCAGCGAGAGGACAGAGCAGAGGCUGUAGGCCUGGUCCAGAACCACACAGAGCCAGGGGCAGUGCCAGGCAUCAGCCACCGGGAGGUCUGGGGCUUCACAGGACAGGGGGUAGCACAAACGCUGCAGACCAGAGGGCUGCGGAGUCCAGAGUCACCCAGGAAGGGGACUCAGUCUCCAGGGCUCCCUUCAUUUGUAGAGACCCCUGGGCUAGCUCUUCUCCAACCUCACCGCGCAUCCAAAUCCUCGGGGGCCUUUAAAAAUACACAUCUCCAGGUUUCGCCGAGGCACUCAGACACGUUGGAGUUGGUCCCAGGAACCUGUAUUUUUAACACACGCUCAGGUGUCCUUGCUGUCUGGUAUUGCUAUACAUAUUAAGAGACCUCGAUAUGCGUUUCUGCAAGUCUGAAACCAUUUCAUCAAAGGAGCACAGGGACUCUGGUGGGCGGGGCGGGGAGAGAAGGCAAGGCCUCCAGAAAGCAAUAGUUUCCCUCCCCCUGGAGAGAAGACCUGAACUUCCUUCCUGAGUCAUCUGCCCUAAACAGCCUGAUGUUUCAGAACUGCAGGCAAAGAAUGUUGAGACACAAGGGCCGGAUUCCACAUGCUGAUGGUGUGAGGUGACCUGCCGGUGAGAUACGGAAGUUCAGCCCCAUAGUGUCUAGGCGCUAGGCUUCCCCAGGGCUGAGUGUUACCAGCUCAACAGGUGGCUUUCUGGCUGCUGCAAUGACUGAGCGUGGGGGGGGUGUGAUUGAGGGAUACAGACAGUCCCCUUGUCAUCACUCUGGGUUGCCAAAGAGGUGGAGCUAUUCAGGGUUGCAAUCAGGAGAUCACAGGCCCUGGAGGCUGACAUGUCUGUGUUUGAGAAUUUUCUUGGCAAAGCAGGUAACUCCUCUAAGUUUAGAGUCCCCAUCUGUAAAACUGGGACUUUCAACACUAAUUCAGAAGGUUGUAAAGAUUAACUGAAAGAAGUGUCAUCCACUGAGCCUGUUCCUGGGAUCAUGUAGUGAGAUUCAGUAAUCGCAUGUUCACUGUUGUUAAGGCCAAUUUUUUUAUGGUAAAAUACAUAUAUUAAAUUUACCAUUUUAACUAUCUGUAAACGUAUCGUUUGGUGGCAUUAAGUACACUCGCACUGUUGUGCAACCAUCACCACUAUCCAUCGCCAGGACUCUUGCAUCUUCCCAAACUGAAGCUCUGUCUCCAUCAAAUAACAACUCCUCAUGCCCCCUUUUCCCAUCCCCUGGCAACCCUCAUUCUACUUUCUGUCUCUAUGAAUCUGGCUGUUCUAGGGACCUCACAGAUGUGGAAUCAUGUGGAAUUUGUCUUUUUGUGACUGGUUUCUUUUUCAUGGAAAAUGGGCCAAUGACAUCUUUGAAAUGUAGUUUAUAUUUGCAUUAAAGCAAUAAAUGUACACAGUAGUGGAAUCACCAUCCUACUCAUGAAGCCCAUGAAAGCCACAUGGUAUCCCUGAUGAAAAAUUGAAAAAAAAUAUUCUUAACAUAUCUUUUGUGUUACAACUGGUUUCAUGAACUCUGCUUCCCCUCCCAGCUUUAUUGAGGUAUAGUUGACAAAAGGAAACUAUGUAUUAAUGGUGUACUGUGUGAUGUUUUGAUACACUGUGUAUACAUUGUGAAAUGAUUACCGCAAGUAAGCUAAUUAAUGUAGCUUCCCCUCGCGUAGUUAUUUUUUUCUUGCUGUGAGAAUAUUUAAGAUCUAUUCUCUUAGUAAAUUUCAAGUAGACAAUAUGUUAUUAACUAUAGUCACCAUGCUGUGCGUUAGAGCUCCAGAACUCUUUCAUCCUGCCGAAUUGAAACUUUGUGCCCUUUGACCAACACCCGCCCCCCAUUUCCCUUCUCCCCAGCCCCUGGCACUCACCGUCCUCCUCUCUGCUUCUAUGAGUUUGAGUUGUUUAGAUUCCACACAUAAGCGAGAUCAUGUAGUAUUUGUCUUUCUGUGCCUGGUUUAUUUCACUUAGCAUAAUGUCCUCCAGGUUCAUCCAUGUUGUUGCAAAUCACAGGAUUUAAAUAUCUUUUAAGGAUGAAUAAGACUCUAUUAAACAUUUAUCUAUGUAUCUAUAUCUUUAUCUGUCUCAGAUUUUCUUUGUCUGUUCAUCCAUGGAUGGCCACUUAAGUUGAUUCCUUAUCUUGACUAUUGUGAAUAAGCAGCUGGCUUAUUUCACUUAGCACGACAUCUUCAAGGUUUAUCAUGUUGUAGCAUGUGUCAGAAUUUCCUUAUUUUUUAUAACUGAAAAAUAUUCUGCUGUAUGUAAUAACCACAUUUUCUCUAUCCAUUCAUCCACCGGUGAACACUUGAGUUACUUCUACCUUUUGGCUACUGUGAAUAAUGUUGCUAGGAACAUUAUAAUGUUCAUAUAAAGGGUACAAAUAUUUCUUUGGGUCCCUGCUUUCUUCUUUUCUUUUACUCUCUUUCCUUUUCUGUUUCUUCUUUUGAGACAGAGUCCCACUCUGUUGCCCAGGCUGGGGUGCAGUGGUACAAUCUCGGCUCAUUGCAACCUCUGUCUCCCAGAUUCAAGUGAUUCUUCUGCCUCAGCCUCCUGAGUAGCUGGGAUUACAGGCACAUGCCACCAUGCACAGCUAAUUUUUGUAUUUUUAGUAGAGACGGGGGUUUCACAAUAUUGAUCAGGCUGGUCUCAAACUCCUGGCCCCAAGCAAUCUGCCCACCUCGACCUCCCAAAGUACUGGGAUUACAGGUGUGAGCCACCGUGACCAGCCUGAAUCCCUGCUUUAAAUUCUUUUGGGUAUAUACCCGGAAGUGGGAUUGGAUUAUAUGGUAAUUCUCUGUUUAACUUUUUUGAGGGACUGCAUACUGUUUUCUACAGCCGCUGCACCACUUUACAUUCUCUCAACAACAGCGCACAAGGGUUCCAGUUUCUCUGCAUCCUUGACAACACUUGGGAUUUUCUGUUAUUUUGAUAACAGCCAUCCUACUCUGGCUGUGGCUAUUGUUUCUUUUCUUUUUCUUUUAUUUUUUAACUUACAAGUGAUGAGACACAGUAAACGUUUACUUUCUUCCAUUUUCCUUGUGGUAACCCCCAAGUCACACCAGUGCACUGCCUCUGUGGUGGAGACUGUGGAAAUUCACUAAGGAAGGGAGCAGGAGAAAGAUAGGAGCAGGAGAAAGACCUGAUGUGGUUGGUGUUGUGGAGUUUUCAUGAUGAUGGCUAGACUCAAGCAUCUUCUCUGAGCUGUCCGCAACACUCAGCACUAUACACACAUUGUUUAAUUUAACCCUCCCAAUAAUUCUAGGAGGUCAGUAGUAGUAUUAUCUCUGUUUUAUAGCAGAGGAAAUGGAAGAUUAAAAGAGAAAAUAGUUUUAUAACUAGUCACACAGACCCUAAGAAGUAGGAACCUGGAUGGUGAUAGCUGCCCAUCCUCCCCUCUGGCAUUAUUAGGACAAUCAAAAUCAGAUUGAUAUAUUUAAUAUCUUUAAGAGUGGCUUGAGGCCAUGCACAGUGGCUCACACCUAUAAUCCCAGCACUCUGGGAGGCCAAGAUGGGUAGAUCACUUGAGGUUAGGAGUUCGAGACCAGCCUAGUCAACAUGGUGAAACCCUGUCUCCACCAAAAAAUACAAAAAUUAGCCAGGUGUGGUGGUGUGUGCCUGUAGUCUCUAGCUACUCAGGAGGCUGAGGCAGGAGAAUCACUUGAACCUGGAGGCAGAGGUUGCAAUGAGCUGAGAUCGUGCCACUGUACUCCGGCCUGGGUGACAGAGCGACACUUCCUCAAAAAAAAAAAAAAAAAAAAAAGAGUGAUUUGAGGGUGGAAAUGGUAACACAAAGGGCAAAUAAGGGAAUGUUACAAGUAAACAAAGAUCACUGGAGUUGAGCUUAGAAAGAUGUUGUCUUUCAGCCUGCUACCUAUCUUCUCUAAGCCUUCAUUUUCUCAUCUGUAAAAUGAGAAAAUUGGCUGGGUGCAGUGGCUCACGUCUGUAAUCCCAGCACUUUGGGAGGCCGAGUUGGGUGGAUCACAAGGUCAGGAGUUCAAGACCAGCCUACCCAACAUGGUGAAACCCCGUCUCUACUAAAAAUACAAAAAGUGAGCCCAGAGUGGUGGCAUGCACCUGUAGUCCCAGCUACUUGGGAGCCUGAGGCAGGAGAAUCACUUGAACCCAGGAGGCAGAGGUUGCAGUGAGCUGAGAUCGUGCUAUUGCACUCCAGCCUAGGUGACAGAGCAAGAAAAAAAAUCAGAAAAUCAUUACCCUGCCUGCUUAUAAGACAGGGUUGUUGGGAGGAUUAUCUGAGGGAAUAUUUGUACAUGUGUUUGCCAUAAAGUACACUUCAUGUUGACCUUGGCGAUGGAAGGGCCCCAGGUGUGUCAGCUGAAAAAUCACACAAUUGAUGAAUUUAGAAAGGAGAGCUUAUUUCUUAAGAAGGAGAUCGCAAACUGCAGGCGGGAAAUGCAACCACUGGUUGAAAACCAAAAGCAAGCACUUUUUUGCUGAAGGGGUUGGCUGAGAAUACAUAUUCAACAGGUUCUGGGAGGAGCUAUGAAUAUUCAUGAAGGGGAAAUGCAUGCACGCAUAGUAAGCAAACAUGCACAUUAUGUUCCAUGUUCAUUUUAGGGUGGAGACUUAACAUUUAAAUGCAUUACAGUUAGGUCCUGUAUGUUAAAAGGUGAGGCAAGGACAUGAAGGCACUCAGUACUCAGCCUCUGUAAACCAGCCAGAACCAGUCCACGGUCAGUGGUCUUAUCAGGAGAAAGUUACUGAAAUCAGUCUCUUGUCCAGUCAAAGCUGUAGUUACGGCUGGUGGAACAGGGGUUCGGUUAGUCACUGUCUGGUGGAGCUGCAAGUGUUUUACUAUUGCUUAUCUUGAGGCCAGUGUUGUUUAGCUGCUGGAGAAAAAGAAAAGCCUUGUGGCAGUUAGAGCUUAGUUGAUUCUUUAAGUGUAGGGGUGCCUGACUUCACCAUUGCCUGCACGGCCUUAGGUCCUGUUUAUAAUUGGGUAUCUUAUCACCACAGAGUCUGUUCUGUCAGUCUUAUGAUCUCUACUUUAGCAUUAGUGCUGGUCAGUUGUGUCUAGUGUUUAAAUGGAAACGGGAGUAUGUAUAAUGAGGUGCAUCCGACCUCCUGUCCUGUCAUGGGCGGGAACUUAGUUUUUAAAGUUUCUCUGGGGUUCCCUUGGCCAAGAGGUGGGUGGGACCAUUCAGUGGUUUGGGAGGCUUAGGAUUUUAUUUUUAGUUCUCAGGUGGGAACACUUUUUCAUUCAGUAGAGAUUUCCUGGACUGACUCUGCCCAGGGGAAGUGCAAGACCCAGUGCCUGCCCUCUAGGGGCUCUGCAGCUGCUGGGGCAGAGACUGAGGCACAGGGGAUGUAAAACAAACUCCUCAAGGCCAAACGUGAAGGAGGGACUUCCAGAGAGUCCUGGGUAGGUAAAGGAGGAAGAGGUCAGGGUCGGCUCCCUGAAGGAGCAGGAAGAGGAGGCUGGGUGGUCCAGGAGGAGAUGGACGAUUUCCUAGACUUGCAGGCAUCCAGCCGCUUAGCUCCAAGCAUGUGAGCUGAGUUCCUGCUGCAGGGGAGACUCACUCCCAACACCCCACCUCGCAUCCUCACCAGUGCUCGAGUACCCACGCUAAGAGUGUUCAUCUUUUUUUUUUUUUCUCUUCCUCUUCAGUAAAGACGCAUUGGGCAUAUAUUAUUUACGAUAAUUAAGUUAAUAUUUUAUAUUGUAUAGGUUUAAAUAUUUUAUCCUCCCAUAAUGCAUGGAGUUUCUAGGGAGCCCUGCGUGCUCUGAGUACUCCGUGGAGGUCUCCAACCAGGACCCCUCUGGGUGGGCCCCAGCCCCCCAGGGCUGGCAAGAGCACUACAGCAGGACAAGCCUGGGCUCCACCACUGCCCUGGGCUCGUGGGGCUGGCCAAUCUCAAGUCUCCUGCACCCUGCCUCACUGAGUUCCAGAGGCCCGGCAGGAAGAGGAGUGCGGGGAGGACUCUUCUGGGCCUAAGUGCUAGGGAGGCCCAGGGAGCUGCCUUCCCCAUUUCUGCCAAGGCAGGGGCCAUGGAAGGGUCCACUGCUGGGAUCCAAAUGUUAGUCCAGGUGGCACAUCCCAGAUCUGGGAAAAUCCGAAAUCCAAAUGCUCCAAAAUCCGAAGCUUUUUGAGCACCCACAUGAUGCUCAAAGGAUAUGUUCAUUGGAACAUUUCAGAUUUCAGAUUUGGGAUUUUUGGAUUUGGGAUGUUGUACUAAUCCAUUUUCAUAUUGCCAUGAAGCAAUACCCAAGACUGAGUAAUUUAUAAAGAAAAAGAGGUUUAAUGGACUCACAGUUCCACCUGGCUGGGAGGCUUCACAAUCAUGGCAGAAGGCAAAGAAGGAGCAAAGUCAUGUCUUACAUGGUGGCAGACAACAGAGUGUGUGCAGGGGAACUGCCCUUUAUAAAACCAUCAGAUCUCAUGAGAACUCACUCACUAUCUUGAGAAUAGCACAGGAAAAAUCUGUCCCCAUGGUUCAGUUACCUCCCACCGGGUCCCUCCCACGGCAUGUGGGGAUUAUGGGAGCUACAAUUCAAGAUGAGAUUUGGGUGGGGACACAGUCAAACCAUAUCAGAUACUCAACUAGUAUAAUGCAAAUAUUUCAAGAUAAAAAAAAAAAAAAAGGAAUCCUAAACACUUCUGGUCCCAAGCAUUUUGGAUAAGGGAGACUCGACCUGUGAUAAACUGCCACAGUCCUGCUGUGAUGUGAAGAGUGAAGAAGGCAGAACAGUAUGUUUAGAAUGCCUCCUAUUGGUAAAAACGGGAAAAUCAGACAGGUGCAUGUGUACUUGCUUAUUUAAUCAUAAAGGACCACUGCAAAAUUACAGUUUGGUGUGUACCUUUGGGAGGCCAAGUGGGGUGGGAAGAGGACUUUAUACACACACUUAUAUAUAUACAGUACAAUGAGUGUGGGUGUGUAUACGUGUGUGUGGUUUACAUUUGCAUUUGUGUGUGUUGUGUUUAUAUAUGUAUGUGUGUGUGUAUAUGUGUUGGUGCAGAGAGAAAACUUCCUGAACUGUAUCAGUGUAUUAGACCAUUUUUAAUGUCUUAUUCCACCAGUAGCGUAAGGUCCCAGGAUCUUCCCUAUCCUGGCCUGGGCCAGAUGGCAGAGGGGUUUCUUUCGAGCCUCUUUGAGCCCCCAGGGCCCUGGGCCCCUCUCCUCUUCUCCCUCUAGUCCCACCUAAGAUGACCCACAACCCCGCUACCCACGUACCAGCAGUUGUUAACUUUUUUGGCUCCUCCCUUUGCAUCUGCAUCAUCAACAUCAUUCCCAAAACCUAAGUUGAUUUUUUUUUUUUUUUUGAGACAAAGUCUUGCUCUGUCACCAAGGCUGGAGGGCAGUGGCAAGAUCUUGACUCACUGCAACCCCUGCCUCCCAGGUUAAAGCGAUACUCCUGCCUCAGCCUCCCGAGUAGCUGGAAUUACAGGCACGCACCACCACGCCCAGCUAGUUUUUGUAUUUUUAGUAGAGACGGGGUUUCACCAUGUUGGCCAGACUGAUCUCAAACUCCUGACCUUGUGAUCCGUCUGCCUUGGUCUCCCAAAGUGCUGGGAUUACAGGCGUGAGCCACCGCGCCCGGCCUGAUGUCAUGCUCUUUGCACAAUGUUUUGUUCUGCUUGUUUUCCCUUAAUGCUCUUUUACAAGCAUCCUCCAAGUUUUUAUAAACUCCUCAUGAAUAGCAUUUCUAAAAUGCGUUUCAGGGAUGUAUGGUACACUGAGCUGUCCCUAACGUCUCAGUGGCAUCUCUUCUCUGAUCCUGAUGGGGGUGGCGGCCACUUCCACCAAUGCUGUUUGAGAGGCUGGAAUGGGCCAUUGUCCAUAAGGUCCACAUUGCCCCUAGGUCCCUGCAGCCCCCACCUAGCACGGAGGAGAUGCUCAAAGCAUUUGCUUCAGUAUCUGCCCGAUGUACAUAGAUACCUGCUUCUGGGAGUCUUCUUCAGGCCCCCAAACUGAGAUUUGGUUUUCCCUGAGUUGUCCCUGUGAGAGAGACGCUACAAGCAAUGAUUCUGUUUUACAGGAGGCCAUUAGCUACAGCCAGCGUGUUUAUGUCCCCCAAAUGCAUGUGUUGACAUCCUAACCCCAUGUGCUGGUCUUAGGAGGUGGGGGUUUGGGGGGCGAUCAGUCAUGAAGGUGCAGCCCAGUGAUGGUGUUAGUGCCCUGAUGAGGAGGGCUUGUUCACAGUGAGAAGGCAUCGUCUACGAACCAGGAGAGCCCUCACCAGACACCAAAUCUGCCUUCAUCUUGGACUCCCAAGCCUUCAGAACUGAGAAAUGAAUUUCUGUUGUUUGUAAGCCUCCCAGGCUGUGGUAGGUUUUGUUUUGUGUUUUGAGACAGGAUUGCACGGUCACCCAGGCUGGAGUACUGUGGUGCAAUCAUGGCUCACUGCAGCCUCGACCCCCUGGGCUCAAGUGAUCCUCCUGCUUCAGCCUCCUGAGUAGCUGGGUCUACAGGUGGGUGCCACCCUGUUUGGCUAAUUUUUUUUUUUUUUUUUUUUUUUAGCAGAGAUGAUAUCUGCUUAUGUUGCCCAGGCUGGUCUCCAAUUCCUGGGCUCAAGCAAUCCUCCUGCUUCGGCCUCUCAGAGUGCUGGGAUUCCAGGCGUGAGGCUGUGGUAGUUUUGAGGGACUGAGGCAGGGCCGGAGCCUUGGGCAGGAAGGGUCCUGUUCCUGCAGGAGUGGAAAGUAGGGCAUCGUGGACCUUAUGGACAAGGGAGUGGAAGGUCCCCCUGGCCUGGGUCCUUACUGCAAGGUCUCACCCUUCCCAAGGAACUGCCUGGGCCUCCGUUUCCUUCUUGCUUCCUCACCUCCCGACAGUGAGGGAGGCAGAGGGUGGCGGGAUGGGGAUAGGAAAGUGAGCAAUUGCUGGAAGGUGGGAAACCCCAGCCGGGUGGCAUAAAUAAUUCAGCACCUCAGCAGUUAACGAGUUAUGCUUUUAAGGCAUGGACAGGAAGCUUGUUCCGCUAACGGGCUGAUGUCCUUUUGCUCUUUGGAGAGCAGCUGUCCCCGGCAUUCGUAGAGCUGUGCUCGGGCUGCUUCCCUGUGCUUGUCAGGUGGGGGCUGUAUGCCCGGGUAGGGCCGGGACGUGCACUUAUUCAUUUGCAGGUGCAUAUUCAAGGCCCUACGGUCUCAGCUGCCGUCCUUGGGAAGGGGCGAGUACAGAUGGGAAUUGGUGGGAGUCCUUGUGGAGGGCGUGGGCCACCAGGCUGGAACUGUUACCGCCGGGCUCUCCCCUCUCGCACCAGAAGGUCUUGUUCCAUUCACCCUGGACGUUGGGGCCAGCGCGUGUUGUCUCUGUUCCAAGUUCUUUGGUGGCCCCAGCCAUGGGUCCAUCAAGGCCCACUGUCCUCAUCUUGGAAGAGAAAAGGCACACAGAAGUUACUCACGGGCAGUGCGUGUCCCUCAUCCUGCACACACAGCGUGUCCAGUAAGCAGGGAGAGGCUGGCCUUGGCCUAACCAUGGCUGUUGCAUGCCCGUCCGAGGCUGCAGAGCCUUCUGUUCCAGGGCUUCCUUGCCCAGCCACUCUUUGUAGCUUUCCCAGGGCCUCAAUCCCCGCUCUGAUGUUGCUUCCUCCUGCCUUUUGGAUCUGCACUCUCCCUCUUUUCUGUUUCACACCAUGAGUGAGAUCUGGAAUGGAUUUUAUGACUUCAGUACAUUGGCUGGUGGCCUCCCCUUAGCUUUGCAUUUCUAGGGCAGCUGAGUGGGGCGGCGUGUGCUUCCCUUCUUGUCCUCGGCGGUGUGAUGACACUACAGGCUUCUUCCUGUCAAAGUCCCCUGAGGUCUCCCUGGCUCUCACUGGGCCUGCGCCACUCUCUGGGGACCAUAAGCUCUGAGUGGCAGGGUCUCAGUGCCCACCCUCCCUGCAGCUGGGGGUGGCGUCGACAACUGAGUUGGGCGGUAAGCAGCCCUAGUGGGAAAUGAGUGAGUGUAAGUAGGUAGCUAAAGCCGCAGAAGCCCACCUAGCUGCCUCUGGCCAAACUAAGCCAAUCUAAAUCACUUAAAUUUAUUACAUGCCUGAAGUCGGCCAGGCGCGGUGGCUCAUGCCUGUAAUCCCAGCACUUUGGGAGUCUCAGGUGGAAGGAUCACUUGAGCCUAGAAGUCCUUGACCAGCCUGGACAACAUAGGGAGGCAUCGGCUCUACAAAAAUAAAAAAUAAAAAAAUUAGCCAGGCGUGGUGGUGAGCACUUGUGGUCCCAGCUACUCAGGAGGCUGAGGCAGGAGGAUCAUCUGAGCCUGGUAGUUUGAGGCUGCAGUGAGGUGUGAUCAUACAACUACACUCCAGCCUAGGUGACAGAGCAAGACCCUACCUCAAACACACACACACACACACACACACACACACACAAUGACUACAAUUACUUCUCUGAGUCCAUGAAGUGUACUCUUCCCUUUUCCCCACAAUUUAUUAGUGCCUCUCCACACAAUGUGUCCCUGCUCUCUGAUUUAAUUAUACUUAAAAUACCUGUGUGACCUCGAGUGACUCACAUGAUGUCAUAAGGACUCAGACUCCUUAACUGUAAAACGAGAGGGGUGUCCUAAAUUAGUAAUUUUCUAACAUUUAAAAAGCAGAGACGCUUCUUUCUCAAAUUAAAUCCUACACAAGCUGCCCACUAAACAAGUUAGAUACAAGUAACAUUUUUCAUAUAAAGGUUCCCAUAAGUUAAAACUUAGAAUGUCUGUUGCUAGUAAACUUGCAAAUGAGAAAAACGGGCUCCUUUCGAUGACACACAAAUUUGAAAUCAGGGAUCAGGGAUGGUAGUUAAUAGUUUGUCUUAGACAUUAGUCUUAGCACUCAAUCUUUUUUUUUUUUUUUUUAGACAGAUCUGACUCUGUUGCCCAGGCUGGACUGCAGUGGCAUGAUCUUGGCUCACUACAACCUCUGCCUCCUGGGUUCAAGCAAUUCUCCUGCCUCAGCCUCCCGAGUAGCUGGGAGUAUAGGUGUGUGCCACCACACCCGGCUAAUUUUUUUUUUUUUUUUUUGAAACCAAGUCUCGCUCUGUCAUCCAGGCUGUAGUUCAGUGGCACGAUCUCGGCUCAGUGCAAGCUCUGUCUUCUGGGUUCAAACGAAUCUCCUGCCUUAGCCUCCCAAGUAGCUGGGAUUACAGGCGCACGCCACCAUGCCCAGCCAAUUUUUGUAUUUUUAGUAGAGACAGGGUUUCACCAUGUUGGCCAGGAUGGUCUCGAUCUCUUGACCUCGUGAUCCACUGGCCUCAGCUUCCCAAAGUGCUGGAAUUACAGGCGUGAGCCACUGCGCCCGGCCCAUUCAAUCAUUUUUACAUGCGUGUAACACAGUAUUGAGAAAUACAGCAUUGAGGCUGGGUGCAGUGGCUCAUGCCUGUAAUCCCAGUACUUUUGGAGCCGGAGGUGGGUGGAUCGCUAGAUCCCAGGAAUUGGAGACCAGCCUGGGCAACAUGGCACAGCCCAGUCUCUACAAAAAUACAAAGAUUAGCCAGUCGUGGUGAUGUGCACCUGUAGUCUCAGCGACUCAGGAGGCCUAGGCAGGAGGAUGGCUUGAGCCCGGGAGGUGAAGGUUGCAGUGAGCCGAGAUUGUACCACCACACUCCAGCCUGGGUGAGAGUGAGACCCUGUCUUAAAAAAAGAAAAAAGUAUUCAAAUUCUUGAUCAACUCAUGUAAUCACAUAAGUGGUGGUUGUGCAUGGUAAAAAGUUUUUUUAACAGCUCAACUUAUAAUUGUUGGGUGAAACAGAUGCAGAAAUUUGAGAAGUGUUGUGUUAUUUCUGUGUCACGUAACAUCACUAAAUGAUAUCCACGCCUCGUCAUAAGUAUAAGUAGGAUCAUAAUAAAUACAAAAACCUGCAGAAGGCACCGACGUUUUCAGCUGGCUUUCAUACCCAAUCUAGGGGGCUUCUCAAGCAGGGGUAGAGCUAACUGAGAGAGCUCGCCAGAGCGGUUCUAGCUCAAGCCAGUGUGCACUGCCUAGGAUGGGGCACGCCCCACCCUGUGCUCACAGAAUAACACACGCAGCCACCUUCCAGGGAGUUCAGACAUGAAAGUGUGACCUAAGUCUGUGGCCCAAGGUGGCCUCCCAGUUGUUAAAAUUUGGUAUAUAACUUAGGGUUUAAGGGCUGUUUUUAAAUUGUGCUUUAAAAACACAGUUACGUCAACAUAAUGAAAAUGUGCCUUAAACUUCUGUUGAACCCUCCAAAGAACACUCACCCCCAACUCUUGAGAGCAGUGUUUUUCAGAUCUUAGCAUGUAUCAGAUUAAGCAUGCUAAAUUCUCAAAAUUUACUGUGCAGCCACCUGGCUAAUUUGUUAAAAUGCAGAUUCCUGGACCCCACCCAGAGAUGCUGAUGUAGCAAGUCUGGGGUGGGGCCUGAGAAUGUGCAUUCCUAACAAGCUCCCAUUGAUGCUGAUGCUGCUGGUAGCAAGAUUCACAUUCAACGGUUUGGAAGCUCUUUGACCAGAGAAGAUAUCUUUGGGGUUAUUCUUACUUUAAAUAGGGGCACAGUGGCUUCCUCUAGGUCUCCCUCCUCUCAUCUGAGACAUGAAGAGAUUGGAUUAGAAACUUUCCUAGAAUCCUACAAGCUUGGAAGUGCUUCUCUCUCUGCCUGGUAAGAAGGAACUUCCAGGCUGGGUGUGAUGGCUCAUGCCUGUGAUCUUAGCACUUUGGGAGACUGAGGCAGGAGGGUCACUUGAGCCCAGGAGUUAAAGACCAACCUAGGCAACACACUGAGACCCCAUCUCUACAAAAACUAAGAAAAACAAUUAGCCUGGUAUGGUGGUGGCUGCCUGUGGUCCCAGUUACUCAAGAGGCUGAGGCAGGAGGAUUGCUUGAGCCCAGGAGGUCAGGGCUGCAGUGAGUUGUGACUGCACCACUGCACUCCUGCCUAGGUGACAGAGCAAGAUCCUGCCUCAAAAAAAAAAAAAAAAAAAAAAAGACUUUCACAGGUAACUCAACUCAGAUUUCUCACAUGCAUCUGGUCAGAUACACAAAGAGGAGCCCUAGACGUAGGUAGAAUCUGACCUGCCUUUUUCAGGGAAAAAAAUCAGACCUGUGGCAUUUCAGGGAAACCACUUACCUCCCUCUCCUCAGUUUCCCCAUCUAUCACGUCAACUCACUAAUCUCCUCCCUGCCUCCUCACAGGGAUGAUGGAUCUGAAAAUGUGUGAGAAAUGACACACCACUGUCUGUACACAUGUAAGGAGCUAUUGUAAUCAAUAUCUUUGAAAUGCUUAUUCAUGCAUAACAGGAUAUUUCAGGUCUCCAAAUUCUUCAGCGAGAACUUCGAGAUGCAGCUGGGUUCUUGAAGUUCAGCUGCAGAGCAGAACUUGCUCUUAGGCCACUGGGGUUCCUCCCCAGGCCACCCUGGGGCUUCCUCCUCCCUUUAUGUAGAUCUGAUGAGUCCCAGAUUACCCCACUUCUUGGAUCCUGUUUGGGUGCAGAGAUUUGGCCUUAAUCUUCUCUGUUUCCUGGAGUUGCACUUUGCCUGAAGUGCAAAGAGCCCCAUUCAUGAUUUGAUCUCCUGGCUCCUGCAUGGCCAAUGGAGGCCCAAGCUGCCACAACGCAGGAAGAUGGCUUGAUGAUGCUGCUGAUGCUGGCGGUGAUCCCGAUGGUGUGAGCUGGAAAUGGGGUGCUACGUCAUCGUUGUCAUCGUCAUCAUCAUCAUCCGAGCAGCCACCAGAUAGCUUGCACCCACGCUGGGCUGGGCACGAGACUGGCUGUUUGUCAUAGUUUGUCUUUCGACCUCAUGGCAGCCCUUUAAGGUAAGUAUCAUCAUCCCCAUUUUACAGAUGAGGAAACCGAAACUCAGAAAGAAUCAGUAACUGGCCCAGGGUCACACUACUACUAAAUGUGUAUGCAUAUGAAACGCAGAGUCUUCAGGGCACUGGCUGGCAGUCCGGCAGUCCCACAUCCCUCACCCACCAUAUGUGGCCUCUCAGGGUUUGGCUAGUACAUUAGCAUCACACCGCAGGAGAAGCCCAGCUUAUGCAUCACUGUGAGGGAACAGGCAAGGCUGGACGGUAUGGAUGGAGAUGGGUGUGCUGGGUGGGGACAGAGCACAGAGCAGCCCUGGCCAUGGUAAGUGUUGCACACACCCGCUUCCAACCCAUCACCCCUUCCCCAUUAGAGGCAGGAGGGAGGUAAGAGGAUGGGCAGACCUAGGGAAGGGCAUCUGUCCCAGCAGGGGCCUGACAGUCAUGUGCUGGUAUCUUUAGGGGACUGAGCUUAGGGACAAAGUUGUCUCCCAUUCCAUCUAGUUUUAAGCUGCUGUCAGGCUGACCUGUCUAAGGUGCAUGUCACUCCCUUCCUGGAAAGCCUGCCAUGGCUCUCUGUUGCCCAUAGAGUAAAAGCCAAUCUUACCUGCCUAGCAUCAGGUACCCAUAUUCUCUGGCUCCCCCAUCCUUGUGCUUCAUGUGGUACAUUUCACCUGGAGCUCUAGAUACAUGCAGCUUCUUCCCCUUCCCCAUAAAUGUCCUGGACAUUUUGCCUUGUACCUUUACUCAUGAUGCUCUCUCGGCCUGUGGCACCCUUCUUGUUAUUUUGUUUGGCUAAACUGUGCUCAUCUUUCAAAGCUGCAGCUGAAGUGCUGGCUCCUCCAUGCCGUCUUCCUGGAUCUUUGAGAUCCUCCAGCCUCUCAUUUCCCACACUGUGCAGCCUUUCCUGUUGAACUCCCUCAGCUUCUCUCUCUUCCCCUUGUCUGGCACUCACCAUUCCCCAUUAUUCUUUUAUCUCCUACACAGGCCAUGUCUCCUUGAGGCAUGCGUUUUAUGUGAUUUGUUUUUUUCUGAUUUAGUUUGGUCGUGGACUGUGCUUUGCAGACAGUUGGCACUUAACACAUAACGUUGACUAAACAGGCUAUGCUAGAGCAACAAGGGACUGCUCUUGAAAUUUGAGGAUGUGGUUAUAGUCCUGGCUCUGCCAUUCCUGGGUGGCCAACCUGCUUCUCUGCAGGCCUCAGUUUCCUCAUUUGUAAAAUGAGAGAGCUGGAUUCUAUGGGUGGCUCUCCAUGUCUAGUAUACGGAAGAACUACUUGGGGAGCUUGUUUAAAAUGUGUAUUUCUGGACCCCUAGGAGUCAUAAUCUGAAGAUAUGAGUGGACCUGGGUAUCUGCAUAAUUCACACACACCCAGAGGCUUUCUCAUUCAGUUGGUUCUCAGACUACCCUUUGAGCGACUCUGUUUCAGGUCGACUUUGGGGAAAGGCCUUUCUAAUUCUAAGGGGCUGGUAGAGCAAUGAAGGGAAGCAGAGGUUAUGGGGCAGUGCCCAUAAUGAGUGGGGCAGGGGCCAUUAACAGUAUCAUCACCAUCACCAUAAUCAUCAUUGUCAUCGUGAUCUUCCUCAUUUUGUUUUUCUUCAUUGUCAUCAUCAUCAUCAUUACCAUAGUCAUUACCACCAUCAUCAUCAUCACCAUCAUUACCAUCAUCAUCAUUACGACCAUCAUCAUCACCAUCAUCACCAUCAUCAUCAUUACCACCAUCAUCAUCACCAUCAUCAUCAUCAUCAUCACUAUUGUCAUCAUCAUCAUCACCACCAUCACCAUCACUAUCGUCAUCAUCACCAUCAUCAUCAUUAGCAUCUCCACUGUCACCACCACCAUCACCAUCGUAAUCAUCCUUAGCACCACCAUGCUCAUCACCAUCAUCCUCACCACCAUUACCAUCAUCAUCAACCCCUUCAUCAUCAUUACCAUCAUCAUCAUUACCAUCAUGAUAAUCUUCAUCCUCUUCAUCAUCAUCAUUAUCACCAUUACCAUCGUCACCACCACAUUACCAUCAUCAUCAUCUUCAUCAUUAUUACCAUCAUCAUCCUUACCAUCCUGAUCAUCGUUUUCAUCAUCACAACCACCACCAUUAUCACCACUACAGUCACCAUCGGUACCAUCAUCAUCGUUGUCAUCUUUUUAUCUUCAUGGUCACAAUCACUAUCACCAUCUCCACCACCAGCAAAGCCACUACUGCUCCUCAGUGCUCAUGAGGGGAGGGCCAGUGUCAACACCUUUGUGGGCAUUACCUCCUUUAGUCUUCUCAGGAGCCUUGUAAGGUAGGUCCUGAGAGGGCAGGAGGCAGGGCUUGGAGGGGUGUUUGACUAUGCCCUGGAGCAGACCCCUAGCUGCAGUCUGCAAUGGCCCCAGCUCCUGAGCCAUCCUGCUCUUGGAGUGAGCCUGUACCUUCUCUGGUGAGCCUGGGGAGGGCAAACAGUCUUGCCCUCAACUUCCCUCCCUUCUUUCAACACAUCUCUAUUACAGCCCUGCCUUCUGCCAGACACCAGGUUUGAAUUUGAUCCAGGCCAACAUUUUUUUCAUGUUCACAAAACAAAGAUUUUAUUUUUUCUUAUCCCCAACCUCUUCCUCCCUAAUCUAAACUCAUGUGAAAAUAGCAUGCGUAGCUGAGCCUCGGGCCAAUUUGUGUCUUUGUACUCAGCACACACACUCUAUCUUUCACACCACAAACAGCUUUGCUCAGGAAAAUAUGUUUUCUCUCUGCAAAACUGCCAUUUUCGGGCAACACAUAGAAGGCAAAAAGAAACUAUUUCACUUUUUCUUCCCCUGGAAAAACCCACCAAGAUGUUGUUUUCCUUUGCUUUUUCUGGAGGGGAGAUAUUUUUGACAGCUUUCUUCCCUAAUCUGGCUCUCAGCCCUGCGUCUGGUGCCAAUUUGUAAAAGAAGCAGAAGAAAAACUAGAUGAGCAAAGGCAAGAUUCUCCCAGAGGGGCAGUAGCACCCUAGAAUUCAGGAGUAGUAAGGGACCUCUGUGGCAAACCUGUUGCCUGCCCCGCUGGGGAGCCCUGUCUUGGGAGCCCUGUCUCAGAAGCCCUGAAUGGGGACACGCACACCUGCUUGGAAACAGCUGUGGCUAGGCAGAGGCUGCCUGCUGGGGGGAUCUCCCUGUGCACUCAUUCAACAGGCAUCCUUCCAGACUUCCUUAGGAUAGGCUGGGGACUGGGCUGGGUGCUUUGGGAUGCAAAAAUAAAUCACACAUGGAUUCUGCAUCAGUACUUUCCAUUCCAGUAUAGGAAUGAAGAUACGGGCAGGGCCAUGUAAAUAAAGUCCUAGUUUCACUGUGACGUUUAUUUUAGCCAGAGUUAGGAGAGGUUUGGAGGAGGUGGUGGCACUUGGGCUUUCUAGCAAAUGUCUUCUUCUAGAAUGCUGCAAUCAGGCCUCAUCUGAAAUCUGCAUGAAACCCAUUUGCUCUCCAUUCCUUCCCUGGCCCAGCUAAGAGGACAGCCCCUUCUCAGCAGCACAGUCCUGGGAUGCUGGCAGAUCCCUGCUGAGUGUCCCUGACUCUCCGGCCUUACUGUUCUGUUCUCAUGGCCUGUCUCCUGGAGUGGUUCUUUCUGCUGUGGGCCCCAAAUUCCUGCAGCCAGGAACCCCCGUGGGCUACACUUGUCUUUGUACCUCCAGUGCCUUACUCAGACCUGCCUCAGACCUUAUUGCUUACUCUCAUUCUAGUUGAAGAGAACCCACUGGGCUGGCAUAAGCCCCAAGGAGAGAUCUCAGGAGACCCAAGGCAAGGGUGCAGCUGAGCCGUUGGGUCACUGUGGAUUAGGAGAUGGAAGUCUAAAAUAUCCCUCAUGCUCUCACGUUCUUGCACGCACUCUCUCUCUUUCUCUAUUGCUCUCGCUUUCUCUAUCUAAGCAUUUUCUCUCCCAAUACCAGAUUCUGAUUGGCCCAGCUUGGAUCAGGAGCCCACCUCUGGUUCAAUCAGUAGCAGCCAGUGAACAGGGUCAUCUCAAACAAGACCACCAUGGUUCCCCUCUGUGAAUGAAGGGAGCAGUUAGCUGGAAUGGGCUUGCCGUGAGCCAGGAGAGAGCCAGUAGGUGUGCACUCUACCAACUCUGCCUUUUACUAGCUGUGCCACUUCUCAGAGCCUCAGUUGUCUAAUAUUUAAAAUGGUCAUAAGAGUACCUACUUCAUAGGACACUUGUAACAAAUACCACAUUUAUUGAAUGGUAGUGACAUAGGUGGUCAAUGAGCAGCCUGAGAGGGCAUUUCCCUCCUCAUUUUGGGGCUUUCAGAUGAGGGCAUUGGAGUAGGGAGGUUUCACUUCAUACCAUUCCCACCCUCCACGCCUAGGAGAGACUGGCUGGCUGGCUGGCAGAGGUGAGGAACUACCGCCCAUUAGGGGGAUGCUGUCCUAGGGGAACCUGCUGCUGUCUACAAGGGAUUAACUGAGUCCCUCCCCUCAUGCCACCCCCAGGAAUGUCCCUCUCACUUGUGGGACCUGAGGUUGUAAGGGACCCUUGCAGGGGUCAUUGCUGGUGGGCUGGCACUCGGGCACAUGCUAGAUUUCUCAAGAGGGAGACUGUUUUGCUGCGGGUUGUCACUAGGCUUACUUUUUACUUUGACACUGAUCAAGGAUCAAGGGUAUGCAAUCUGAGGAUUGCUGGACACCUCCUCACUGGAGGGCAUCCUGUUGGUGAGCAAGAGACACCAGCUACCAAGAGAGGCCUGUUGUUUGAUGGCAUCUGCAGAGAAACAAUGGCAGCAUGUACAUUCUCAAUCUGUGCAGUUUAGAAUGAUCCACAGAUUCUGUGGCUGGCCUUGGGACCAUUCUGGAAGGCCUGUUGUCACCCAGAUGGAAAGGGAAGGAGGAUGAGGGCAGUCCAGGCCAGGGGACUGUAUGUGGAGCCACGCGGAGGUGGAAAUGAGCCCAACUCGGGCAGGCAACAGAGAGGGGGUGGACUGAGCCAAAGCAGGGAUCUGUGCAGAGUGAGCUGGGACAGCUGCAGCUAGGGGUGAGACUCCUGCAGACUGGGAAUACUAGAACAGAGUGCACUUUAUCCAAGCAGCAGUAGGGAGCCAUAGCGGGUUGUGCAGUGAUCUACAUGGUUUGGGUGGUAUUGCUGUUGCAGAUUUGUGUGUAUGAUGACUGGAUGAAGGGAGAUUGGAGGUAUGGACACCACAUAGACUGUUAGAGUUCUUCUGUUAUGGAUGGAAAAUGGCUUCAGCCAAGAUCGUGGAGCAGGGAUAAAAAGGUAAGAACCCAAGAGAGAUUUUGAAGGGGAAAUUGAGAAUUGAAAAUUAGAGUAAGAGAGGAGAGUUAGAGUGUCCUGGGUUCCAGGGGACUGGCUAAAGGGCAAGUGGAAAUGGCACUGACGUGAGGAAAUGGGGGGACUGGCAAGGAGGGACAAUGAGGUCAUCUUCUGUCAUGGCAAAUGUCAGUCAACUGGGCUGCUGUGAAGAAAGCCAGAGACUGGUGGCUCACACAGCAGACACCGAUUUCUCUUGGUUCUGGAGGCUGAAGUUUGGGACCAGUGUGCCAACCAUGCCCGAGUUCUUGGUGAGGACGGGAGGGCACCACCUCUUCCUGGUAGUAUGCUCACAUGUCCUUCAUUGGUUCAUGCACUUCUGUUUAUAAGGACACAAAUCCCAUCAUGGGGGCUACAUCCUCAUGACCUCAUCUAAACCUAAUCACCCCCAAAGACCCCAUUUCCUAAUACCAUCACAUUAAGGGUUGGAGAUUUAACAUAUGGAUCUGGGGAAACACAGUCAGUCCCUACCAGCGAAUAUGAGGGGUCUGUAAGGGUCUCCUAAAGGGACAACUGAUGACAGCAUUCAGAGACAAAAGGAAAUGGAGAUCUUUGCACAAGACCAGGUUGGGUGUGGCAUUUGGGGGUCAACAGCCCAGAAGGAAAAUUGCGGCUAUGAGAGUGAAGGGGCCUGGGAGGGAUGAUAGAGAUAGGGCUGGGUUCUUGGGGACAGCUCACAUGAAAGAGCAGAGCCUACGACACAGGACUGGGAGGGUCGUUGAGGACUCAGCCAGCAUCACUGGUGUCCUAACAGGUGAGGCACCAGGCACAGGGUGGGGGUGACUUCCAGGCGCAUGAGGUAUUGUCCUGGCCCUUAAAGAGCUCAUAGCUAAGUAAGAUGGAGAGACAGGUACCAGGGAGCAGCCUAGUCCAGGGGGCCACCUGCAGAGAGUUCAAAUCCCACGCUGCCACCUGCCAGCAGUGUGACCUUGGACAAGCCACUGAGCACAUCUGAGACCCCGUUGUCCUGUGUGUAAAUGUGGACUGUCAUAGUGCCUGGGCCAUAGGGUUGCUGUGAGGGUCAAUGGGACAAGAUAUGGAAAGACCUCUGCCCAGUUCCCAGCUCAUAUUAAGUGCUUGCCAUGAGCUGUAAUUAUUAGUAAGCGGCAAAGGUACAUCCACCAAGUGCCAAAUGCUACCUGUAGGAACCCCAGUGAGAUUGGAUGGCUGGGGUCUGGCCAGAAAGGUGGAGCUCCUACAAACAAGAAUAACAUGGCAAUGAGCUCAUCAAAGUAGCAUGCCUCUCAUUCAUUGUUGGUGGGAACUCAAAAUAGUACAGCUAUUGGUGGUUUUGUACAAAACUAAACAUACUCUUAUACAAUCCAGCAUAGUGUUCCUUGGCGUUUACCCAAAGGAAUUGAAAAUUAUGUCCACAAAAAUCUGCAUACAGAUGCGUAUAGCAGCUUUAUUCAUACUUACUGAAACUUGGAAACAAGCAAGGUGUCCGUCAGCAGGUGAACGGGUAAACUGUGAUCCAUGCAAACGAUGGGAUAUCAUUCAGUGCUAAAAAAGAAAUGAGCUACCAAGCUAUGAAAAAACAUGGAAGAACCUAUUCCUAAGUGAAGGACGCCACCCUGAAAAGGCUAUUUCGUGUAUGAUUCCAACUAGAUGACAUUCUGGAAAGGCAAAACUAUAGAGAGAGUAAAAAUCUCGGUGGUUGCUGGGGUUGGAGGGAGGCAGGGAUGAACAGGCCAAGCACAGAGGAUUUUUAGGGUGGUGAAACUGCUCUGUAUGAUAAUAAUGUAAUGGUGGGUACAGAUCAUUAUACAUUCGCCAAAAUUCACAGAAUGUUCAACACCAAGUAUGAACCCUGAUGUAACCUAUGGACUCUGGGUGAUGACGAUCUGUCAAUGUAGAUUCAUCGAUUGCAACAAGUGCACCACUCUGGAGGGGUGGGAUGUUGAUAAUGGGGGAGGAGAGGGGCUUCUAGCCCAGCCUCAAAGGCUGUAACUGUUGGCCUUGUAGGUAGGAGGCGCCAGGUGGAGGGGAUAUUUUUAAAAUGUGUGAUACAAUGAUGACCGUCCUCACUUGUUGAACACACGGAGUACCUACUCUCCUUCUGUUCUUACCCACAAGUAAUGGAGCAAAUAACUGGCCCCAGGCCACACUGCCAGUAGACGUGGUUGUCUUGGCCUUCAUCUUGCUGCAAGGCCUUGAGCCACUGGCCCAAGAUAGUCAUCAGCUCAAGUGAGCUGCUGAAGCCUAAUGUGAUGUGACUUGGAGUAAUUUACUACUUCUCUGAGCCUCAAUUAGCUUGACUGUAAAAUGGGGGUGAAUGCCUACUUUGUAGCAUGGUGGCGAAACGAAUAUGAAUGCUCUAGAUCUGCAUUGGCCAAUAGGAAUAUAAGGUGGACCAUAAAUGUGAAUCACAUUUGGGGUUUUAAAUUUUCCAGUAGCUACAAUAAAACAAAAAAAAAGUAAAAAGAAGAUGAAAUUAAUUUUAAUUCUAUAACAUAUUUUAUUUAACCCAAUAUACAUAGUCACAUGCCACAUAAUAACAUUUCAGUCAAUGGUGGACUGCAUAUAUGAGGAUGGUCCCAUAAGAUGAUAAUACCAUAUUUUAUUGUACCUUUUCUACGUUUAAAUAUGUUUAGAUUCACAAAUACUUACCACUGUGUUACAACUGCCUACUGUAUUCAGUACAGUAUUGUACUGUACAGGUUUGUAGCCUAGGAGCAACAGGCUAUGCCGUAUAGCCUAGGUGUGUGGUAGGCAACGCCAUCUACGUGUGUAGUAGGCCAGACCAUUUAGGUGUGUAGUAGGCUAGACCAUCUAAGUGUGUAGUAGGCUAGACCAUCUAGGUGUGUAGUAGGCUAGACUAUCUAGGUGUGUAGUAGGCUAGACCAUCUAAGGGUGUAGCAGGCUAGACCAUCUAGGUGUGUAGUAGGCUAGACCAUCUAAGUGUGUAGUAGGUCAGACCAUUUAGGUGUGUAGUAGGCAACACUAUCUAAGUGUAUAGUAGGCUAGACCAUCUAGGUGUGUAGUAGGCUAGACCAUCUAGGUGUGUAGUAGGCAACACCAUUAAGAGUGUAGUAGGCUAGACUAUCUAGGUGUGUUGUAGGCUAGACCAUCUAAGUGUGUAGUAGGCUAGACCAUCUAGGUGUGUAGUAGGCUAGACCAUCUAGGUGUGUGGUAGGUGUGUAGUAGGCGACACCAUCUAGGCAUGUGUAACUCACUCUGUGAUGCUCGUACAAUGAUGAAAUCGCCUAACGACACAUUUCUCAGAAUGUAUCCCCGUUGUUAAUUGGUGCAUGACAGUAUAAGAUAUUAUUGUUUAAACAUGUAAUCAGUAUAAAAUGUAUUCAUGAGCUGUUUUAAUCUCUUGUACUGAUUCUUUGAUAUCUGGUCUUUGAUAUCUCAUGUGUAUUUAACAGCAAAUUUCAGUUUGGACCAGCCACAUUUUAAAUGUUCAGUAGCCACGUGUGCCUGGUGGCUGCCAUACUGGAGGCAUGGCUGUAUAUACACAUAGGCAGUGCUACGCCUCCCUCCACAAGCAGGGCUAAUGUCACACCCCAGAGCUUCACUAAUUACUCAUCCAGCUCACACUCUAUCUGGUGUGUAUUAGUGUUAUUAGAUCAAGAGCUUUAUUUCAUGCACCAUGAUGUAUAUUAACAAAUCCUAACUCAUGAAUUCACAAACCUGAAAUCAGAGGCCCAUGCAAACACAGGAAUUAGGCUUUUGUUCCUGAAGCAAUUUGUGUUCACUUCUUUCCGUGUACUUACCAAGCCUGGCAUUAGUUGUGUGAAUUUCCAUCUCCCCCAGGCCGCCCCCACUCUAAGCUUCCUGGAGGGAAAGGAUGUGUCUCUGGCUUCCUCUAUCCCAUUGGCAACCCCUCCCUGCACCCCAAGAGUCUGGCUUUCAGCAGGCCUUAGCAGGUAUUCAAUAGGUAUUUUUUGAAUAGCCUCCAUUAACCAAAGGCAUCGGCUCCUCUUAGAAAGGAAGCAUAUUAUAAAGAAAAGGCUCUAAAGUCAGAUUAUGUAAAAAUGUGUUGAAAGGCACAGGGACAUCAAACGUAACCACUGAAUUGAAGUUUUUAUUCGAGUAGACAUGAAUCUGGAGGAGGUGAGUACAGGGUUCCUGCGGAUGGGUGUGUGUUUGGGAGAAGAGGCAGGAACAGAAGUGUCUGGAAAUCUGUCACAGGCAUUUGAACCUAUGAUGAAAUAAGUUCUGCUCACCCCUCUGUGACAUGCUCCAGUCGGCUCCAAGGCCUCGUAGAAAGAUGGGGGGACCCCUUGUUCCCAUCACUGCUCACUUCCUGGAUCAAUCAGACUGCACCACCCCUGCUGUGGACUUUGGUUACUGGGAGCCACAGGGCCUGAGGCAGCCACUGUAGAGAGCCGGUCUUGACCACCUAAUGGUGAGUGUGCGGCCAGGCCAGUCACAGGUGCUGUCUCAACUUGGGAUGUGUGUGUAACUCUGGGAGGAGGAGGGAUGGAUGGUCCACUUCUGGAAGUUCCCAGGGCCCCAACACCCAGGUUUUGCAGCCGUCUGCUAGUCUGCACUGUCUUUAAGAGGGAUCAGUUCUAGAUUCUCUUCCCCAUCCCAUCUGUGACUUGGCCCUCUUGGGCCUCCCUGGGGGUCAAUAGAGGAAAUACCUUCAACAGAUGGUGGAAAUGUGGGAGGAAGUUUGCCUCAAAAUAGUCAGGGUGAUUCGGCCUCAUGGGCGUAGUUCUGACAGUGCCAGCAUGGGACAGAUGAAGUCUUGGAGAGGCCAAGCCCUGAGGAUAGUCAGACACUUGGUAGGUUGUGAUAUUUGAGUUUAUUAAUAAGAAAGUAAUGGCUACCACUGACUGAAUGCUUAUUAGGUGCCAGACAAUUGACUAGGCAUUUUACCUGGAUUACUUUAUUUAAAUCUUAGAGCAUCCCUACAUCAUGGGUUCUGUCAUAGCUCCAUUUCACUAAUAAGGAGACAGAUGUGGAGGUUGGGGAGUUGGUCCCAGGUCACCCAACUGGGGAGGGCAGAGGUUGGGGAGGGACGGGAGUCAAUAACCCAAAGUCAUGAAAUGAGAAAGGGAGUAAACACUUGGAUGGAGAAUCACACACACACACACACACACACACACACACACACACCCCUCCUAACAGGUAUGUUGUCUGCAACAAGGCAAAAAUAAUUCAUUAAUAUCUCAUUUAAACUUGAGGGCGAGGGAAUUCCUGAACCACCUCUCUGGAGCAAAUAAUGGAAAUUGGGAAUUGAUUGUCGAUUACCUUUGAGGAAGACUUCGGGAUGUGCCAUGUCUUUGGUAUAGGGCUGCGUGUUGUUGUGACACAUGUGAAGAAAUACAUCCAUGGACUUUCCUAAGCUCAUCUGCAGCCACAAUUCCCCCACCCUAUUCUUCUUGUAGGGUUUUAAGUUUGCUGUCUGCAAAUGUUCCUCAUUCCGGAGUCUUUGGGAACCAAUCCACCUAGCUGGAGAAGGACAUUGUACCCUGGUAAAGAAGACAGGCAUAGAGAGGCACAGAGUUCAGGAGGGGACAGUCAGCACCGCAGGUGGCUCCGCAGCAGCUGACUCAGUGAUUGAGACGAGUUCCUGUCUCUGGUUUUGUUCGGCACAUCAGAGUCUGCGACUGAGCCUUUGGUCUGGAGUUUGAGCAAAUUGGAGCUGAAAUUGCCUCGGCAGAUACCUUGGAGCGCUGACACCGCAGCACCAGCCCUGCUGUGGCCAGGAAGGGAGGGAGGGGACUGCCUUUCCUGUACGUCUGUGGGUCACGGCCUUGAGUUAGAGCCCCGGGCCUCCUGCCCUGGGAUGUGGAGGACCUUACACAGGUGCCUGAGGAACUAAAUGUUGAUCAAUGAAAUAUUUAUAACAAAUAAAAAAGUGGAAAAGA